AUGGUAGGAAAUUUGGGAAUCCGUGUGGAAAACAGGAAUCCGUACAGGGAAACGGCGGAGAAGAGCAAGGAAAUCGCUGUGGAUACAGGGAUGGAGGAGAAAAAAGAAGGGAUGAAGCCAAAGAAGACGGUGAUUAGAGAAUCGAAGAUUCUCAUAACUCCGAGAAUCGGCGUGAAGGGAAAAUCCAUCUUUGAGUAUCGGAAAAGUGCGCUGGACACGUGGAAGAAUAGAUUCGAUUUUGCGAAUGUGGAAGCGAUCGUAUUCUUGGUAAAUCUCACGGAAGACGAGGAGACUAACCAAAAGUUGGGUGCACUGGUGCUAGAGUUAGCUGAGGAGGUGAAGGAGAUCACGAUCAUUCCAUAUCAAAUGGAUUGUGCAAAAUCGGGAUUUGUGGAAUGUUGGAUACGGAGUUGGAUAACUGCCGGUAAUGUGGAGUGGAUCGAUUCGUCUGCGAGUGGCAAAACGGUCGAGAAGUUCAAAACGUGGGAACAACUACUGGAGUUCCUGGAGGCGAGGACGACGGAGAAUGUGGUGGUGGCCCAAUUGAGAAAGGAGUCGGUGACUUCGGAGCCACGGACAAAGGAGAACAAAUGGAGUCAUCAGUGA